CGAAGUGACCUACCUUCGUGGUGUGAGUGUUUUAUUAAGGUGCUGUUGGGAAACGUUUUUUCUUCCCAGCGUUCAACACUUGGAACCCGGCGUGCAUUGCGUUUACCUAAAGUUCAGUUUCCAUCGAUCUACCUUGGACCCUUAAACUACUACAUCUGAAAUAUUUGACAAUAAGCCAUGGACACAGAUCUGGAUGGAAUGAUUAAAGAUGAAAAGGAGGUCCAUUUGGAAGCAGAACCCAAUGAUAUGGCACCAGUAUCUGUCAGUCACAUUGCCGGUCAGCCAAUCAAUUCCACCGAGCAGGAGGUGAUUGGUCUGUUGUUGGCACAACAGCAAGUCUUCACAAACUCUGGUAAACUGGAGCCAUCCAGUGUGUAUGCCAACCAGUCUUCGGUUCCUGUUGCUGUUGUCGCUGGUGAUGUGUUACAACCACAUGGUGCUGAUGGCAAGAGCAUUGUUAUUAGUGAUGACAGCCAUGUUGACGUCAAAGAUGAUUCGAUUUUAGUAGCUCAACAAGGAGAACAAGAUGCUGCUACUGCAACCAUCAUGGCCACGGUGGAACAGCAAGAAGGUAAUGAAGCCUUUCAACCUGUGCAGACAAGCUUGGCACCAGGUGAUCUUGUUCAGUCAGCUGUAGUGGUGAGUUCAACACCGGGUGGAACUGUGUUUCUUGAGCCACAGGCCGUGACCCUGACAGAACUACCUGGUGGCACUGUGCAGACUCUCCCUGCUGGAAGCACAUUUGAAGCAACCUAUGUCCACCAGAGCAGUGAUGGUACUAGUUUUGUCAUCACCUCUGAACCCACUUCUUUUGAUACCAACUCAUCUGUUUCCAUGACAACAAUAUCUGAGUCUAACCCAUCCAUGGUGAGCACCAGCGAGACAGUGGACACGACAGGAAUUCCUCUGGAGCAGUUUACCACUCAUCACACUCAUCAGGUUGAUCAUGAGGAUCACUCAACGCUGUUUGUGCUCCAGGACGAUUCUGGUGGACAAGACCAGGAGGGCUCAGCUAAGAAGAUUUACCAUUGUGGCAUAGACGGAUGUGGAAAACAGUUCUCUACCUCGUACCGGCUGAAGGCGCAUGGACGAAGCCACACGGGAGACACAUUCAGGUGUGAAGAGGAAGGUUGUGAGAAGGCGUUCAUUACUCAGAGCGACUUGACAAAGCACGUGAGAACUCAUUCUGGGGAGAAGCCGUACAGAUGUGAUCAUGACGGGUGUGGAAAAGUGUACACUACAGCGCAUCAUCUAAAGGUUUGUUUCAAUUCAAAUUUACAUUUUGUACCAACAACACUACGCUGGCGGAGUUUGAAAACGGAGGUUUCACUCUUUGUAAUGCAAGAUUCCUCUGCUAUUUUGCAGAGUGAUGACAGCCAUGUUGACGUCAAAGAUGAUUCGAUUUUAGUAGCUCAACAAGGAGAACAAGAUGCUGCUACUGCAACCAUCAUGGCCACGGUGGAACAGCAAGAAGGUAAUGAAGCCUUUCAACCUGUGCAGACAAGCUUGGCACCAGGUGAUCUUGUUCAGUCAGCUGUAGUGGUGAGUUCAACACCGGGUGGAACUGUGUUUCUUGAGCCACAGGCCGUGACCCUGACAGAACUACCUGGUGGCACUGUGCAGACUCUCCCUGCUGGAAGCACAUUUGAAGCAACCUAUGUCCACCAGAGCAGUGAUGGUACUAGUUUUGUCAUCACCUCUGAACCCACUUCUUUUGAUACCAACUCAUCUGUUUCCAUGACAACAAUAUCUGAGUCUAACCCAUCCAUGGUGAGCACCAGCGAGACAGUGGACACGACAGGAAUUCCUCUGGAGCAGUUUACCACUCAUCACACUCAUCAGGUUGAUCAUGAGGAUCACUCAACGCUGUUUGUGCUCCAGGACGAUUCUGGUGGACAAGACCAGGAGGGCUCAGCUAAGAAGAUUUACCAUUGUGGCAUAGACGGAUGUGGAAAACAGUUCUCUACCUCGUACCGGCUGAAGGCGCAUGGACGAAGCCACACGGGAGACACAUUCAGGUGUGAAGAGGAAGGUUGUGAGAAGGCGUUCAUUACUCAGAGCGACUUGACAAAGCACGUGAGAACUCAUUCUGGGGAGAAGCCGUACAGAUGUGAUCAUGACGGGUGUGGAAAAGUGUACACUACAGCGCAUCAUCUAAAGGUUCAUGAACGAGCCCACACUGGAGAAAAGCCAUUUAAAUGCAGAGUUGACGGAUGUGAUAAAGCCUUUGCUACCGGAUAUGGACUGAAGAGUCACACGCGAACCCACACGGGAGAAAAGCCAUACAAAUGUCCAAAUGACGAGUGCGGUAAAGCUUUCAAGACGUCAGGAGAUCUACAGAAACAUGUUCGAACUCAUACAGGUGAGAAUGAUCUGUGUUCUUUUCCCUCUGGAAAAUCAGCUUCGGUUUUUAAAACCAGAUGCUUUGAUGAAGGACCUCGAAGGAGAGCAGCAUUUGAAUCCAUAAAUACUUGCAAUGCGCAUGCUCUUACAAACCCUGUGUUAACCAACUUUGUUUGGAUUCAAACUUCAGGCGACUAUGAUGUUGGCCAGGAUGAGCCGUCAAACAAGCGCCAGCGGUUGGACUACACAGAGACCAUCUCAGGUAACCAAGCCUUCGCACACGGCGUGCCUGUGGUGAUAGCAGACGAGGCCUCGGUGGCCGCGCUCCAGGCCAUGGACGGCAGCCUGGCAGACAUCCAACACCACAUGGCAGAGGGUGGUCACGUGACUGGGCACAUUGCUAUUCCUGUUGCCAUAGCAUCUGAUGCUGCCAUUCAAGUGCAAGGCGACCUGGAGCACGCCGUGACACUGUCACAAGGCGUUCAGCAGUUGACUUCCACGCUUGUUGACAGCUCGGGACAAGAGCUGGACAUGACGUCUGUGCAGGUCGUGUCCGCCCCGCAGACAGUUGUCGUGACAUCGCUGGAGGCCGUGGCUGGAACAGGGCAGUCAUCCGAGACUGUGGUCGUGACCUCCCUGGAUGGCGUGACGACUACGGCUAGAAGGACCCAUGACGGGUUUACUAUUGUCACGGUGCCUUCGCAGGGAGGAGGGUUGGGGAUUGGCGAACAGGAAAAAGUUCAGGGUGGAGAUGGUGGGGGAGAAGCUCAGAAUAAUGGACACGAAGCAACUGAGGAUUCAGGGGUGCUUCAAUCCCAUGAGCCAACGCUGAGCGCGGCUAAGGCUGCCUUGGAUGCCGUCCUGGCUUCACAACUGCAGCAAAAUGACGUCAUCAACAGCGAAGACCCUGAUUCAGCCUCGACAUCAGAGACCACCCCUCUGACUGCAGCUGUGUCGUAUCAGGCGUGAAUGUCACGUUAAACCAAUCAAGUGCUUUGGCAUGCGGGCGGCGUGUCUUAAAAUAGUUUUCCCUUACUCGAUGGAGCGUUAUGUCUCAGGGACAGAGGAAAAAUUGCCUUGGAAAAAAAAAUUUCAUUUCUUUUUUUUAUUUUAUUUUCGUUGGUUGUCCCUCACUUAUUUGAUAGCAAUGCAUGCUUCAAGUAACAGCUGACAAUUUAGGUUUAACAAUUUCUUUCCUCACUGACUUUUCUGCUUGUAAUGUAAUAAUAGCUCCUGAUGGAUUUCACUCGAAAGAAUAAAAUAUUUAAUUUCAUUGAA